AUGGCAGUAGAGGCAUGGAUCGACACCGAAGCUCCCGAAGCAAACAACCCCGUCCAUGACGAAGGGCACGCAGAGAGAAGAAACACAGACAUGCGGCAUCCUGCACCCGACCCUCCGGAAUCGGACUUCGUCAACAACAUAUCAGCCGCUCUGCAGGUAAAGCGAUUUGCAGACGGCGCGCUGAACGAGCUCGAGGUCAUGCUUAUGGUCUCGGAAGUCAAUGCGGGACAGGACCCGUAUAUUGUGGCGGCCAAAUACAGCGCCACGGUCACGGAAAUGUUGCAAGCCUUGUCCAAGUUCGCGGCGGAGAAGUGGCAGAUUGCCCAGAGUGCGCCGAAGACUGUUGUCGUUCUUGUCAGGGGUGGGAGCCAAUUGGAAGUCGUCCGGGAUGGGAAGGUCUUCAAGGACGCGGAGAAGACGCUGUUGGAAGUUGGACUCAAGCCUGCGGGUCCGUGA